UGGGACUGUUGGAUAGAGUAGAAUUUGUUGAAAACACCGGUUACAUCAAGAUCAAGUAAAAGCUUGGAUAUUAUGUAAAUAAAAGUCGACCUUAAGUGAUAAAAAUCCAGUUAUUCAUCAGUGUGAUAAGUACAUGUACAAGGAAAGAAUCACUUAAAUUUUUCAAGACUUAUAUAUCACAAUUUUGACUGAAUCUCUCUCUACAAUCUAUUUUACUUAAGGUAAACCAGGGAAAAUAAUGGCAAGACUAUCAAAAAAUGUAUUGAUAAAUUUACGCCUAAUGAAAAACAAAGACUUUACUUCUUUCUUUAAUGACAUGCACCUGUCGUAUAGCAAACUUGUGGUGAUUCGCGGUCUUGCAUCGAGAAGUGGUUCAAAUAUUCAUUCCUCAAGAUUUUGUAGUACUAGCAGUGUAGGUACUUCUUCGACACCAGAAAUAAUCCCUGAUAGUGAGAAAGAAGAAAAAGAACAUGAUUUAGCAUUGUUCCCAAACCCAAGUGAUUUAAAUAAAUUUGUGCCACAUUGUGAGCCAGUACGAAAUGAGGAUGUUAGAAGACUACAGGAGUUUGUGAAUCAUAGCAAGCGUUUGUUAAUCCUGACUGGUGCUGGUAUUUCGACAGAGAGUGGUAUACCUGACUAUAGAUCUGAGGGAGUUGGCCUGUAUGCAAGGAGUACUAACAGACCUGUGCAGUACCAGGACUUUGUGAAAGACCCAAACAUAAGGCAGAGGUACUGGGCACGGAACUAUGUUGGUUGGCCAAAGUUUGGAUUUUUCUUACCAAACAAAUCUCAUGUAGCAUUGGCAGAGUGGGAAAGAAAGGGCAAAGUUCAUUGGUUGGUCACACAGAAUGUAGAUGCCCUUCAUUAUAAAGCUGGGAGUAAAAAUGUCACAGAACUUCAUGGCAGUGCUCACAGGGUGAUGUGCUUAGGGUGUGACCAUAAAAUGACACGCCCAGAAAUGCAGGUUUUAAUAGAAUCAUACAACCCGAACUGGAGUGCUCAGUCAGAUGAGAUAGCCCCUGAUGCAGAUGUACAGCUGACACAAGAUCAGAUAGAUGGUUUUAAGGUUCCACCAUGCCCAAGUUGUGGAGGUCCGUUGAAGCCAGAAAUAACAUUUUUCGGAGAUAAUGUGCUCAAGCCAAUAGUGGAGUUUGUUCAUGAUAAAGUGAAAGAGAGUGACAGUUUACUAUUUGUUGGAACCUCAUUACAGGUAUACUCAGGGUACAGAUUUGCUGCAGCAGCCAAGGACCAAGGCAAGCCAAUGGCUAUUCUUAACAUUGGACCCACGAGGGCCGACAAAUUAGCUCAUUUACAGAUACACGGAAAAUGUGGUGACAUUUUACCUAAAAUUCAAAUCUGGAGAUAAUGUUGGCAAAAUAUUAAUAGUAGUGAUAAAAUGUGAUAUUAUUU